AACCACACCAAAUGAAAGACCCUGUUUCAAAAAAACAAGAUGGGGCUGGUGAGAUGGCUGGUGGGUAAAGGCACCUGCCACAAAGCACAGCAACCAGUGUCUGACUUGGGGACCCACAUGUUUGGAAGGAGAGAACCAACUCCUGUGAGUUGUCCUCUGACCUCUACAUGCAUGCUCACAUAUGUGGAUGGAUGGGGAUACACAGAAUAAAUGUUUAAAACAUGGAAGAAGAAAAGUAUGCGGCUUACUUUUGUAAUGCCUGCACACUGGAGGCUGAGACUGGCGGAUGGAGAAUCCAAGGUCCUCUUGCACUUGGGUUACAUAUUGAGACUUUGUCCCAGAAACCAAUAAAUUGUUGGGUAGCAGAAGGGGAAGAGGUGCUGGAGCUACUGUCAGUGAGAUCCCCUGCCAGGAACACCUCAAAGAAGUGACCAAUUGCCAGGGCGGAGGCCUGUCUAAGUAGAAGGUACUGCCUGGGCGACGGAAGAGAAGAGGUACAUGGACAUGGAGUGAUAGACCAGUCCACACAGAGGGCCACCGUAAGGUCAAGGGGCAGACUUGGUAGGGAGACAAAGGGGCAUGACUGCUUUGUAUCCUAGCCAGGGGACAGGGCUGGAAUGUGGCGUGAUCUCCAGCUGGUUUCCUCAAGGGAACUAGAAUACCAGGUGCUGUACCCGCUUCUUCCACAGAAGCCUCCCCAUCCCUGCACACCUCCACAGUUCCCCCUCUUUACCUCCCUACAUUCCUGCCCUUCUCACCUAUUUCCUCUCCCGCCUACCCCCAACACACCCCCUUUGUCACCUCUAGCCCUGCAGCCUCCUCACCCAGCAGCAGGACCACAUGAUGGUGACAAAAAUAGCUCCAUCUGACAGAGUGUGAAUGGAGGGGCAGAGGCAGCAGACAAGGCUGGGCCGCCAGUGCUAGGGAAGGGCCCUUGGGCAGUGUGGGCACCUGAUCCCCUCCCCUGCUCAGUCACACACUUGCUCAGAUGGGUCACUUUAGUCUCAGGUUCUGUUGCCCUAAGCAUACACCAGAGCCAGCAGCAGCAAGGCAGAGGCACAGCUGUCAGAGGUAAGGCCCCCAGAGGACUGACUCUAACCUUGACCUCCAGGUAGAGCUCCCAACCCUUCCCUUUCAGUCUGUCCUAGGGCAACCUUGCUGAUGUUUCUUUAUUCCAUCUUGGUGGCUAGGUGUGUGCCCAGUGUCUCCGGUAGGUGAGAGCUUCUCUAGUCUCUAUGUCUGAGCCACCAUGGCGUGUGCAGGGCCAGCUGGUGGGCGGCAGCGGGUAAGCAUGCAGGAACACAUGGCCAUUGACGUGAGCCCCGGCCCCAUACAGCCCAUUCGCCUCAUUUCUGACUACUUCCCACACUUCUACCCCUUCCUGGAGCCGGUGCUGCGUGCACCAGGCUCGCAGGCUAUGCUGGCCCCGGCCAUCCACUCUGCAUCCCAGCUGCAAUCCAACCCAGAGCCAGAAGGAGACUCGGAUGACAGCACUGCCCUGGGUACCCUGGAGUUUACACUUCUCUUUGAUGCGGACAACAGCACCCUGCACUGCACAGCCCAUCGUGCAAAGGGCCUCAAGCCACCAGCCUCGGGCUCUGUGGACACCUAUGUCAAAGCCAACUUGCUGCCAGGGGCCAUUAAGGCCAGCCAGCUUCGGACACGCACUGUCCGAGGCACCAGGGGACCUGUCUGGGAGGAGACGCUCACCUAUCAUGGCUUUACUUACCAGGAUGCUGGACGGAAGACCCUGAGGUUAUGUGUGUGUGAAGACUCACGACUGCGGAGGCGACGAGCACCCCCCUUAGGGGAGCUACGAGUGCCCCUGAGGAAGCUAGUGCCAAACCAAGCCAGGAGCUUUGACAUUUGUCUGGAGAAGCGGAGGCUGACCAAGAGGCCCAAGAGUCUGGACACAGCCCGUGGGAUGUCUGUGUAUGAAGAGGAGGAGAUGGAGGCAGAAGUGUCUGGGGAGGAACGUGGGCGCAUCCUCCUGUCCCUAUGCUACAGCUCCCAGCGAGGUGGCCUGCUGGUGGGCGUGCUGCGCUGUGCCCACCUGGCCCCCAUGGAUGCCAAUGGCUACUCGGACCCCUUUGUCCGCCUUUUCCUGCAUCCAGGUUCUGGGAAGAGAUCCAAAUACAAGACCAGUGUUCGGAGAAAGACCCUGAACCCUGAGUUCAAUGAGGAAUUCUUUUACGCAGGUCAUCGGGAGGAGUUGGCCCAGAAGACACUGCUGGUGUCGGUGUGGGACUACGACCUGGGCACAGCUGAUGACUUCAUUGGUGGGGUAACGCUGAGUAGCAGAGCCAAUGGGGAACGCCUUCGCCACUGGCGUGAGUGCCUGAGCCGCAGUGACUGCCGGCUGGAACUGUGGCACCUGCUGGACAGUGUGCCCCCCCAACUUGGCGACUAGCCAGCACAGAACCCUGCUUGCAGCCUCUUCAGAGGCCAAGAUGUUGCUGCAGCUGGAAAGAGCUGUAGGUUGGCCCUACCUGCUGUGCCCAUUCCUGUCUCCUUUCAGUCACCCUACCUCCAAAUAACACAAAAUAAACAUCUACUUCUGCUA